UGGCGGCAGUGGCUUGACGGACGCGCCCUGUGCUUGUUUCCUCAGAGUAGUUUUAAUUUGCUCUCUAUUUCUAAUCAGUGCAAGUGUUUUUUCCGUAAAACCGGCAAACUAACCUCCGUUUUGAUUAAUUAGCUUUCUCAACAAGGUUGUCACGAUGGCGAGCAGUUCUUGGGAGGAGUUCUUCGCGGUGCACCUGCCGCCGACAGACUUCGAGGACAACCGCUCGCUACUGAAAGAGUUCUGCGAGCGACACGACCAAUACGGGAAUAAGAUCGUGCUUAUCACUUCUGGUGGAACGACAGUCCCCCUCGAGCACAACACAGUUCGCUUCGUGGACAACUUCAGCGCAGGCACGCGGGGCUCCGCCUCGGCCGAGCACUUCCUCGAGCAGGGCUACGCCGUCAUCUUCAUGCACCGGCAGAAGUCUCUGGAACCCUUCACGAGACACUUCAGCGGGCAGAAGUUGUUGGAUAUGCUGGAUAUUCAGGAACGGGGCCCGAAUACUAGUAUAACAGUGAAGCCGGAUAGUGUAGACGUGCUUGCGCCCAUAUUACUACGAUACAAAGCUGCGCACGCGGCGGGCGCCAUCCUCCACGUCUCCUUCACCACAGUCUCAGAGUAUUUCUGGCUUCUCCGGGCCGCAUGUGAAUGUUUGGCCAACCUUGGCCCAAGAGCUGUACUAUACUUAGCAGCUGCCGUCUCCGAUUUCUAUAUUCCUAAGGAUAGAGUGCCGACCCACAAGAUGCAGUCGGAGAGCGGCGCCCCGGUGAUCCAGCUGCACCUGGUGCCCAAGAUGCUGGCGCCGCUCUGCUCGCUGUGGGUGCCCGAGGCUUACGUCGUCUCCUUCAAGCUGGAGACGGAUGAGAACCUGCUCAUACCCAAAGCCAGAGCCGCUUUGGAUAAGUACAAACAUAAGAUGGUGGUAGCGAACAUGCUGCAAACACGGCAUCACAGGGUGAUACUGGUUACGCCAGAGGUCACACAAGAAAUAUUGCUUACUCGGGAAGAAGUACAUGCAGGUGUAGACAUAGAAUCGGCGAUAGUGUGCGAGAUAGUGACUCUCCACGCGCUGCACAUGUCCCUGUCAGGCAGCGCGCUGCCGCCGGCCCCGCCCGCGCGGCCGCGCUGAUUGUCACGCGCGGGCCGCCGCCUCUACCUCACCAAGGAGUAGCCGAGGAAUACCAACUACUAUAGAGUUGCCACCUUUAUUAUUUUUAGAAAGAAACGUUUAUUAUAAAGGGUCACCACAGUAACAUAUAACUUACAAUCAAAACACAUAAUAAAAACAACUUACACGAGAAAUACAAAUAAUUGAGUGUAUGGACUGGUCAACGAUGGUGGUGGUGUUCUUUAUAAAAGGGCCUCACUCAGAAUAAGCCGCGGCGCGAGCCAUGACGCUGGUAUUCUGUGGACCCUGCUAAGUGAGGCACGGAAGCCGUGUCUCCCACAAAUACAACUUCAAUGAACCACCUGUUCCCCGCGACUAUCUGCAAGUACAUCAGUAUCCUGGACUUUAUCUAGGAGUUCUUUAAGUAGUGCCAAAGCUCUCGACGUAGGAGAAUUACAGGCAAGCUGUGAAGACAACAUUUAAAAAAAAUAUACAUUCUUGUUUUAAUUUUUUAAAUAUAGAAUCAGGAUCAUUUGUAAAUGCGUUCGGGUGCUAUCCGGUCAAAAAAUUUUAAACAGCGAUAAAGUAAAAUUAUAUAGCUAAUACGGGGUAAGACCGGCAUAGAGGUUCCUCUGUUUCGUACGUUUCGUUCAACCACUAUUUUGACGUUCUUAAUUUGCCAGGAGUUGUUUUGAAAGCACGAAAGAUCAAAAACAUACGAGCGUCAAAAUUGUCGGUGUAGGGACGUGCCUGCAUAGAUAAUAUUAUUACUUUAAAGUGCUAUAUUAUUUUUGUGUACUACACUGGCGGACAUAAAAAUCGACUCGAUUUCUGUUGUCGGGUUGUUAAUAACUGUCUACAAUAAAUAAUGAUUAUAUGCCGUGAGUUAACCAGAGUCAUUUAAUAAAAGAAUACUAGUCGUCAUUUACGUAGAGCAGAGUAUUUUUCCAAAUGCCCGGUAACAGAACUUGAACCGAUUUUUUUGCCUAUCAGUGUACAUUACUUCGUAUUAUCAUGGGCUAACUAUAAACCAUGGUAUAAGAAGACUAGGUAUGCUCAAAAGUGACAGCUAACAUUUCAAGGUUAGCCCAGCUGACGUCAUCCGACCCUGUGUUGCCAUUUCGUAAAAAAUAAAUUACCCACGACCAUCGUUUUUAUAUUUACUUUGCAAGGAAAUUUUGAGAAUUUAAUAAAAGAGUUACUUACAGUUUUAAUGAUUUUUACAUAUGUGACAAGUAUUAGUUAUUAAAUACAUUAGUCAGUAAUUCAUUUAAUUUUCAAUAAUAAAAUUUACGUUCUUGGAAUGUUGGAGAUACCAAUUUAAUGGUAACACAGUGGUAACACAUACGUCAUCAAUGGGCUAGCAAUGGCGGCAUGUCAUACGAUUGAGCAUACCUAGGGAGUUAAAAUGGCCACACCGAAGCAAUUCAUCUAAGAAAGCAAUAUUGCAAUUUGACAUUUGCGCAUAUAAAAGUAAGUGCGCAAUGCAAACAACUGUCAAAUAGCAAUAUUGCUUCGGUGUGGCCAUAUUAACCCCCCCUCCCCCCCCUCGUCUUAUACCAUGCUAUAAACUACGAUAUUAUUGCAUUAGGGGUGGCAACUCUAAUAAUUACUCCUUCGGUGUUAGAGGAAAGUGGGAUAGGUUCGCGUAGAGCAAGCUGUACAAGAAAGUAUAUAUUGACUUUUUUAUAUAAUAACAGUGUUGGGUUUUAUAAAAGCUUAAGUGAUUAGUGGCACUCCUACAAUGGAAGGUGUCGCCUUCAGAACUGUGCCCCAGGUAGCAAGUGUAUUGACCUUUUUAUAAUCUAGUGUUUGAUUUAGAGUGAUUUAGUGAAUUAAGAUAGAUUCAGUAUAGUGUUGUUCGGGGCUAUCUCAAGGAGUAAUGCAAUCACUCCGUUAUAGUUAAAAGAGAUUGUGGGAUUGGUUCAAUGGGUGAAAGAUUGUCUAGGUACCAAGUAUCUUCAAGUUAAAUUAAAACUAAAUUUAUUUUAGCACCCGCGGCACAUUUUCGACUAAUAGCCGUACAAUGUCAAAGCCCUCGAUAUACAUCUCGAUAACAUACCCGUGCCGCGGACGCCAUUUUUCACUUAAAAUUCGAAUCCAAAGUUUUUACCACAUGCUGAUAACCUACUACUACUAUUGGGCAAAUAGUGUCUGGUUAUGAGCCUAUCUGUCGAUAUAAGUGUUUGAUAACAGUACUUCUAACUGCCAGAUAAGUAUUUGAUACGUUGUCAGACAAGUUAGACGAGUGUAUCAGCUGGCGAGUGAGGAAAUAGGUAAUUUUAAGUUUUACUAGUUCUCUUCAUAUUAUAAAAGACCUUUAAGAGCCUCAGUUUAAACUAAUUUCAUCAAUCUUUGAAGAGUGAAUGAAUGAAAUGAACGAGUGAAGUUUUAACUGAAUGAGGUGAUCCCGAACAUGUUUUGAAGUUAGAUUUUGUAUAUCUAUAUUUAUAUUCGCGUCAGGUGAACUGUUUUGACAAGCGAGUAUGGUGAUAAAAUGGCAAUGGAUAGGAAAUAAUGUUUCAUCUGUGAUAUGACAGUUGGAAGCGAGAGUGAUGAUAAGGGUUCCCUAUUUCUCUUUAAGUUACGGUACCCUAAACAUAAGACGCAACCGUAUGGAACAUAAGUCUCAUUAAAUUUCAAAUAUGAUAGUGCGACAGGGUUAUAAAGUGGGUACAUGAUAUUGCUCAUGACUGUACCCACACCUCACCGAGCUUUCCGUCAUUCAUUACUGAAUAAAUAUUUCAAAAAUAAUGUAAACAUGAGAAGUAUAUAAAACUAUAUCACUGUUAUUUGUCGCGUCGCGUCUGCCAUGGUAAAGGCGAUAUUUCCAUUUUUGAAGACUUGAAAAGUACAUCAAAAACAGUUCAUCUGUUACGAACUCCAAAGUGUUUUUAUCUAAAGAACAUAGUAUAUACAUUUAAACUGUAAAUAAUACCGUAAUAAAGUUCAAAAUAUAUUUGUAUAUUCGAAAAACUUCCAAUAUUUGUAGAGGAAAGUGGAUAUCGUUCUGGUAUUUAUUGAAUGUUUAUAUGGUAAGUGCGUUGCGAGACUGUACUUAAAGUUUCUAGUGAUCUGAAUAUUUCUUAUCAUGAUAUUCGGGAUACGCAAUCCGUAUCAGGAUAUUCAGAAUAUGCAAUCCGCAUCAGGAUAUUUGGGAUACGCAUUCCGUAUCAGGAUAUUCAGAAUAUGCAAUCCGCAUCAGGAUAUUCGGGAUACGCAAUCAGUAUCACGAUAUUCAGAAUAUGCAAUCCGUAUCAGGAUAUUCGGGAUACGCAAUCCGUAUAAAGAUAUUCAGAAUAUGCAAUCUGUAUCAGGAUAUUCGGGAUACUUAAUCCGUAUCAGGAUAUUCGGGAUACGUUAUCUGUAUUAGGACAGAAAAUAAGUGUUCUAACAGAAAAGUUAUAUCCAGAUCACUGAAUGUCGAGCAACGCGUUAUAUGUGACUGUGUUUUGUAUACCUUUUUGGCGUAGUAUCGAAAUGUACUCUUCAAUGUUUAUUGAGAAGGUGUAAGUAGACUGUUUGUGAUAAAAGCUUUCAUAUUGGGCCCCAUGUUAAUAUCACUUAUGUUAAAAUAUUAUUUUAUGACACCGCACCUUUGUUACUGUAAAAUCCCAAUAGUACGAUGAAUCCUAAGACUUACCAGGAAAUGACGGUCAAAGAAUUGCCUGACAGUUGUAACAAUAAAAUAUGAAAUAUGUCGGAUAUGGUAUUUUAUCCGCGAAAACGGAACGUUAAUUAUCCAACAGUUUUUUUUUUAAUAAGAUAUUUUUUAAUAUUUUAUUUUUUCAAAAUAAGAAUGCGAUUUUGUUGAUCUGUGUUUGACCCGAAACGCAGGCGGCCAUGAUUGUGCUUCGUGUGACGUCAUAUAUCACAAAAUAAACUAAAUUAAAUGAAAUUAGUUUCAAGUUAUACUGUUUGACAGUUUAUUGAAAUGUGACGGCCCCGGGCAAAAUGUCACAUGACCAAGCAUUUUGAGGUAAUAAAAUAUUUUAAUUUCAAGUACUAAGUCACUUGAAGCAAUACCUCUGCUCGUACGAAAAUAGUUGAAUUGUGUUUUUAGUAAAUUCUAAUGUGUGGCUCAAUAUUGAAAGCGUUUAAAUAUUAUUCUUAUAUGGACCAGGGUAGCCCUGGGUGGGCUAGGCUUGUUUCGCUAAGCGAGAUUACAGUCUUAAACAUUACACAAACAUACAGAUUAAAAAUAUCCAAUAUUAAUCAAAUCAAAUCAAUCAAAAGACUAUACACACACAUACAAAACAAGUAUUGAAAUAAAAAAAAUACAUCAUACAAUAUUUUGUUGAAAUUUCUGAUUUUUGAGCGGGAAAUCCCGGUUCAAUAGGAUACUUGACAACUUAGUCGCAUGAGAUACUUUUUAUGAAACGACAAAACAAAAAAUUACUGUUGUAUUUGAAUGGGUACGGUGUGCAAAUACCGUGAACAAAUCAUCAAUAAAGGAAGUCAAACCACCACUGAUUUUACAUCAAUCAGAAAAAGCUCGGUAAAACGCUAGUACCUAUUUCAUACUAUGGCUAUACCUCUGCUUACCCCAAUCAGGAAUAUAGUCGUUAUCUUGACUGAGUCCAGCUUGGCUAACAUGCGCAUCGUGAUAAAAUUAUCGAUCGAUUCAAUAAAUUUUGUCGAAAUCGAUAAAUAUGUUCUUUUCCCUAAUAUGCGUAGCACGUGAUUUUGUUCGAACUUUGACAUAACGACAUGACUCAUUUGGGUUCACAUGUUAGCAUCAAUCGAGAAAACGACAUAACUAUAACAUUAGAAUCGAUAAAAUGACGGUGACAAAAUCGAUAUUCUCUAACGGCUCUUGGCUAGAUUUCCGCCAAAAAUGUCGCUUAGCGAAACAAAUAAUAUAUUGAAUCUAAAAUAUUUAUUGGAAUUUCAUCGUUAUCUAUAUUGUAAUAUUAAGAAAUCUAAAUUGGUUAAGUGUAUUAUUUAAAAAAUAUAUAUUGUGUUUGUUACUCUAUUUACCUAAAAUUUUUAAUGUUACAUAUCAAUGGUUUAUUGGACGAAAAACAUAGUCUUUUUUUUUUCAAAAUAUUUACCUGACCGUUCCUAGACUGAACCUAUCAGGCCAAAAUUAGAAAUUGUCUAAUGGAUUUACUGUGAAAAAUGAUCGGAAAUUGGUAGUUGUUAGCAACUUUAUUUUUUGUUUAGAAUGUCUGUUUGUUAACUUAUAUUAAGAAUGUAGUAGAGACUGGCUGAUAGUUCAUAGAUUUUAACAAAAUGUAACUA